UGUAUGUACAUACAUAUACAUAUGCAAUUGAAAGAAUUAAAUUGCGCGACGGUUACGAUAAAUGCAAUUUUCUGAAUGCGAUUUAUAUUAUACUGCAGUUAGAAGAUUGAAAUUAAAAUUUUCGCUAAUAAAUAGGCGCCCUUGCAAACACACACGCUGCAACAUACGUGUAGUACCAUACCGCCCGUGCCGUUACUGGUCAGCGUGACGAAUAAAAGUGCCAGUGAAAAUUGUUCAACGAGCACGCGAUUCCUGUAAUCCUCAACUUCGCUUCGGUGUGUCAAUAAAAUGUUGACCGUGUCCAAGGGCCCCAGCAAAAUUGUGGCCAAAACACGCAGAGGUGUUCCACAAAAUUAUGAGAAAUUAUUCGAAAUCAAAGAGAGCGGACGCAGGUCCUCAGAUCUCAAUAGUCCGGAGCAGAAAUGUGUACCACGUCCUGUCUUCAAAAAAUCAGCUUCCAAUGGCCGACAAAUAGAAGAGGUCUCAUUAACGCCGCAACAUGAGGAGAUUGUACAAUACAUCAAUGACUCUUGGAACGUCAUUGUGGCGCAUAAUCCCUACGAUGCGGCGUUCGAAAGCAACGGCCAUGCAACCAAUGGCCAUGUAACCAAUGGCCAUGUAACCAAUGGCCAUGCGGAGUCCAACAAUAACUCCGCUGGUUCCUCCAUCGCAUCCACCUCAACAUCAUCGGCUGCCUCAUCGGUGUGUACAUCACCACAACCGACCGCAUCGAUUUAUUGCAUCGAACCGCCUAGCCCUGUGUUGAGCGAUUUCAAACCAUUCGAUUUGGUGACCUGGUGGUAUGAUCGUCUCUGUGAUGUAAAGAGCACGUGAAGUGUGACACAACAACACUAAACCGAAAGA